AUAAAAAGAAGGGAAAAAAAUGGAGAAAAGCUCUGAUAGCCUUGCAGCCAUUGGCUGCCUGCGGCCCCCCAGCAUGGAGAAAGUUGCAGCAUGAAUACAUGAUCUGAUCUUCUCCUAUCCCCAUUUUCCUGGGAGGAGGAAGAAAGAAGGAAUACAGAGACACCAUAGAGUGAUGACUGGUGGUGUCAGCAGCAGCAACAGUAGUACUAGGAGCAUAGUAUGGUUCCAGAGGGAUCUGAGGGUGGAGGACAACCCAGCACUAGCAGCUGGGGUGAGGUCAGGGGAGGUGGUGGCUGUGUUCAUCUGGUCCCCUGAGGAGGAUGGGCCCUUCUACCCUGGGAGGGUCUCCAGGUGGUGGCUCAGCCAGAGCCUCCUCCACCUGGACUCCUCCCUCAGGAGCCUUGGCACAUCCCUCAUCACCAAGAGGUCCUUUGACACUGCCUCCACCCUCCUGGAAAUUGUUCACUCUACUGGUGCCACCAAUCUCUUCUUCAAUCACCUCUAUGAUCCUCUGUCUCUUGUUAGGGGCCAUCGUUUGAAAGAACUUCUGACUGCUCAAGGCAUAACAGUCCGCUCGUUCAACGCGGAUUUGCUCUAUGAACCGUGGGAAGUUAACGAUGAAAAUGGCAGCCCAUUUACAACUUUUGCGCCUUUCUGGAAUAAAUGCCUUAGCAUGCCGUAUGAUCCAGCAGCACCAUUGCUUCCACCCAAAAGAAUAACAUCAGGUGAUGUAUCAAUGUGCCCCUCGGAUACUCUGGUCUUUGAGGAUGAGUCUGAGAAAGGAAGCAAUGCACUUCUUGCUCGAGCAUGGUCACCAGGAUGGCGCAAUGCUGAUAAGUCUCUGACUGCCUUUAUUAAUGGACCACUGAUUGAGUAUUCAGUAAAUCGUAAAAAAGCAGAUGGUGCAACUACAUCUCUUCUUUCCCCUCAUCUACACUUUGGGGAGCUUAGUGUCCGCAAAGUCUUUCACCUUGUUCGAAUGAAACAACUUGUGUGGAUUAAUGAAGGAAACAAAGCAGGUGAAGAGAGUUGCAACUUGUUUCUGAGAUCUAUUGGUCUUCGGGAGUACUCUAGAUACUUGAGUUUCAACCAUCCCUGCAGUCAUGAGAGGCCUCUUUUAGCGCACCUUAGGUUCUUUUCUUGGGUGACCAAUGAGGGUUAUUUUAAAGCUUGGAGACAAGGUAGAACUGGAUAUCCUCUCGUAGAUGCUGGUAUGAGAGAGCUUUGGGCAACUGGCUGGCUACAUGACAGGAUACGUGUGGUUGUUUCCAGUUUCUUUGUGAAGGUCCUGCAACUUCCUUGGAGGUGGGGGAUGAAGUACUUCUGGGAUACUCUAUUAGAUGCUGAUCUUGAAAGUGAUGCCCUUGGCUGGCAGUAUAUAUCUGGGACUCUUCCUGAUGGUCGUGAAUUGGAUCGCAUUGAUAACCCUGAGUUUGAAGGGUACAAAUUUGACCCAAAUGGAGAAUAUGUACGUCGUUGGCUUCCUGAGCUGGCCAGGUUGCCCACUGAAUGGAUACACCACCCAUGGGAUGCACCUGAAUCUGUACUACAAGCCGCAGGAAUUGAACUAGGUUCCAACUACCCUCUUCCCAUUGUAGAAAUAGAUGCAGCUAAAGCCAGACUGCAAGAAGCUCUUGCAGCAAUGUGGCAACUUGAAGCUGCAACAAGAGCUGCUAUAGAAAAUGGAACAGAAGAAGGCCUUGGUGACUCUUCGGAGCUACCACCAAUUGAUUUUCCUGAAGAAGUACAUAUGGAAGUGGACCAUGAACCAUUCAGAAAUAAUACUAAUUCACCAGCUGUAGACAGGAGACAUGAGGAUCAGAUGGUUCCUAGCAUGACUCAUUCAAUAGUUAGAGCUGAUGAAGAGGAGGUUUCUGCAGAUUUGGGGAACACUGCUGGAGAUAGCAGAGCAGAAGUACCAUCAAACAUUAAUUUUGAUGCAGAAGUUCGUGGAGAAGAAAUUGACAGAGGCAGCGUUCAAACAGUGAGGAAUAAUGUUGUUCCACAUUUCGGUCCAGCCAGGCUGCAAAGUCCUGCAGAGCCCACAGUUGACUCAUCAAGCAGCCGGACAGAAAGAGAUGGUGGCGUGGUUCCAGUUUGGUCCCCUUCCGCAAGCUCUAGCCGUUCAGAGCAUUUUGUGGCUGAUGACACUGGCAUUGCAAGCAGUGGCUAUUUACAGAGGCAUCCCCAGUCUCGCCAACUAAUAAAUUGGAGGCAGCUUUCACAGACAGUGACAAGAAGUUGGGAGGUGGAGAAUGCGGUGCAGCCGAAUGCUUUUGGGUAAACUCCAAAAUAGAAGAUAACUUAUGUAAAUAAUUUAGCCUUCUUUUUUGUAGCCUGAUCUGCAUAUAAGCUUCCCACUUUCUGAAUGAUAAAUUGAGCAGACAAUCAUACUCUGCAUCUGCUGUAUUGUUCAUCAGAUUGUUUGAAUUUUCUAAUAAAUGCAUGUGCACAUCUCUCUUAUUCCUGAA